CGAUGCCUGGCGAUACUUUUUGUUGUACUUGUACAUUUUUCGCCAAAAAUAAUAAUAAAAGUGAAAAAUUUUUUUGUUAAUAUAUUUUUGUUGUACAAAGGAGAAAUGUUAUUAAAUUAGUCGGGCACCUUUUUCGCCAGCAGUAACGGCCGCAUAGAAACCCCGAGUGCAAUAAAUACGUGCUAACGCUGAGGGCGCCUCUCCAUCAUCAUACACUAACCGCCAAACCGCCAAUCCGCAAUCGCUACUGCUAUUCCACCUUACGCCACUAAAAAACGCCACAUUCGCCAUAAAACAUACCAAAUAAGGAGCAACGCUUACGCUUGGGGCUUUGGCUUUGGGAACAGUCUUUCGUGUGAUAGAGUGAAAUGAUAAAGUCUACCACAAACAUACAGGAACAGCGUCUGCCACGUCCCGAGGACCAGCCACAGCAGGUGCAUCCGCCGCAGCCGCCGCCCCCACCGCCGCCGACGCAUCGAGUGGCCGCCGUGAUAGCCAACAUGGACACACUGAAGACCGCCUUUCUGCCAAAUCUCAGCAUGGACCCCAACGUGCACGUCAGUCCGCACUACUGUCCCAUGUGCCACCAGCAGUUCGAGCGGGCCCAGCACGUUACAGAGCACAUGCAGCUGUGUCACGGCAUAACGCUGAACGCUCAGGGAGCGAUCACAUCGCUGGAGGCCGCCCAACAACAGCACCAGCAUCAACAGCAACAACAGCAGCAGCAGCAGCAGCAGCAACUGAAGCCCAGCUAUUCGUGCAUUAACUGUGAUGAGAAAUUCGGGAGCGCCGUGGAUCUGGACGAGCACCAGCGAAUGACGCACCAGGCGACCGCCUUCCUGGCGCGUUGCCUCGUAUGCAGCAUUUACGGCGUGCAUUCGGCCACGCCGAAUCCCAACGAAUACAAGUGCACGCAGUGCGGGUCCGUCUGCACGACGUCCAUGCUGGCGGCGGGGCAGCAGGCGUUCAUGGAGCAGCAGGAGGCGCCCGUGACACCCGACGAGCUGCCGGCCAUAGCGCCGCGUGAUAUGAGACUGACGCCAGAAGAGCAACAUCACCAGCAGCAGCAGCAGCUGCAGCAGGAGCACCAUCAACAGCAGCAGGAACUGCUAGAGCAACAGCAGCGGGAACUGCAGGAGCAUCAGCAGCAACAGCACCACCAGGAUGAUCUUUCUGGCGACCAGGUGGCCCUCAAAGUGCCGCCGCUCACCGUCAAGCUGAACAAGAAUUCAAAUGGUGGCUCCGUCGCCCAUCCCCAGGUCAUCAUCAAGGAAGAGCCCCUCAGUCUGAGCGACAGUGGCGAUGUGGUUAACGCUGUCCCCGUCUAUGCCAUUCAAGCGAAUCCCGGCGUGCAGGCCCCGGCCUCUGGGGCCGCUACCAGUGUGCUGGUUAGCGCGAGGAUCGUGACCGCGGAUCAGGCGCACAAGAUCCGGCACAAAUGUCCGGACUGUCCUAAAACAUUCAAGACGCUGGGAACCCUGGCCAUGCACCGCAAGAUCCACACAGGCGAAGCAGACGCCACGCCCAAAGAACGCCCCUACACGUGCUCCUACUGCGGCAAGUCCUUCACUCAAUCGAAUACACUAAAACAGCACACUCGCAUACAUACAGGUGAGAAACCAUUUAGAUGUGGCUAUUGUGGCAGGGCGUUCACUGUUAAGGAUUACCUGAACAAACAUUUAACGACUCACACGGGUGAGAAACCGUUUCAUUGCGGCUACUGUGAGAAGUCCUUCAGCGUGAAGGACUAUCUCACCAAGCACAUACGGACGCACACCGGCGAGAAGCCGUACACCUGUCCGUAUUGCGAUAAGCGCUUCACGCAGCGGAGCGCCCUUACGGUGCACACGACCAAGCUGCAUCCGCUCUAGGGCAGGCCUGGCGGGGGCCGUCUACCCGCUGUUGCUGCCGACCCCGAGAAGCGGUCGACGACGUAAAGGAGCACCACACCACUCCUUGUGGAGGGUGUGGCGAUCAGUGGCAGUGGCAAUAUACAAGAAGCAGUAGCGAUAAGCAGGAGCAACAAACUAGAAUGAAAGACCUUUUCAAAGACGACACACACACACACAAACACAAGAAGUUAACUGAAGCGGAGCAACGCAACCAACGACUGGCAAAUCUCCUCAGAAGGGAUGCUAGAUACUAAAUUAGAUUUUCGUUUUCAAACAAAUCAAAGUUGUACUAAACACUAGUGUACUUUUAUAGAAUCUUUAAGUUAAUGCAAUCGAUUUUUGAUUCAAUUUGGUUAUGUAGAUGUUUGCAAUUUUAUUUUUUUAUAUACUAUAUAUGAAUAUCGUAUAUUAUUUUUGUUAUUCUAUGAGAUUUUAUAUGGUGACUCCUUAGCGCACACUCACGCACCCACGCGGCGCUAUAUAUAUAUAUAUACACAAACACACACACACACACAUUUAUUAUAUAUGUGUAUAUAUAAAGAGAGACAACUAUUUUUUAUUCAUAUACUUUGUGGCAAUAUUAAUUUUAUCUCAAACUUGUUUGUAAAACGUUUUAAAAAAACAAAGAAGGGAGCACUCAAGUCUACGCGAAAACUUAAAUUAUUUCUUAAAUUAUACAUUUAUGUAUUCGAACUCAAACAACACUAAAUUAUUUAUUUUUCAUAAAACAAAAACACUAUUCGAAAUUUUUACUCAAACCAUGAACAAGAAAACAAAAAACAAGAACUCAAGAAACCAAAUCAUUUCUUCACUAUUUGCAUACGAGCAGGAUCUCGUUUGUUUUGGCUUUAAAAACUUUAUUUACUUUUAAUCUGUUUAGCUUGUUUUACUCAAGAAAUGUUAACCAUUGUUUAUUUUUUUAAUUAUUUAAGUUAAACGUGUCGCUUUUGUUUUGUUACACUAAACAGUGAGAUUGUAUAAAACUAAACCUUAAACUUAAAACUAAAAAAAACUAUAACUAAAUAGAGAACAAAACAAACAACUAAGCAAUUAAUUUUACAAAAUUUUGCAUUUUUUAACGCAAGUCAAAAAGUAUUUAAGGGCAAAUUAAAAAUGGAAAAAUCUACGCUAAACGCAACACAGCUUUAUGCGCCAAACUAGAACAUUAAAUAAAUUUAACAUAAUCUAAACUAACAAUUUAUACAAUUGAUAAUUUUGAUAAACAGGCUUCAAGUUGUUUUUGUAACAUAUAUACAUAUGGAUGUACUUUAUCCAAAAGCGAAUCCAAAUUCAUAAUUUUUACCACUACUUAAAAGCGAUUUUUAAACAAAACAAAAAACGAUUACUUGAACGAGUUGUUCGUACUAAAACAAACUAAAACUGUAGCAAAACCAAAACCAUGUACAUUUUUAUAACAUAGUGUUAUAUAAUUAUAUAAAAAAAAUAUAUAUAUACUAUAUGUAAUAUUAAUGCAUAAUACACUCAAACAAAUUGUCUACCUAAAAUGGCACAUAGCACAGCAACAAACGAUGCGCAGCGCAUGUAAAACCAAAAUAAAUUCUAAGUACUAAAAAACUGUAAUUUUUUAAGUUUUAAAUAAACCGAGAUGAGUUGACGAUCAAAAGCAACAAACAAAGAAACAAACAGAAACGAAGACGAACAGCUUAUCUAACCGCAAAA